ACCGAUGCAAACAACAUCGUCUCACAAAUGGAGUUAAAUAUGAAGAAAACGAGCUCGCAGGAUUUGCUAACAUGUGGCAACGGAGGAGGUCUCAAUGAGAAGCUUCUCCUCAAGCCAAAGACCAGCAAAUCCCUGCAGACAGAGAGAGUCCCGAGAAGCAGCGUGUUGGAGCGGUUGCAGAGCUUCCUCCCACAGAUGGCCGAAGCCAACGAGAAGCUGAAGCAGCAGAUUGAGGAAUCCCCUGCUGGAUGCUUUGACAUAGAGAGCGUGGAGGAGGCAGAGAGAGUCAUAGAGAUGGACGUAGCUCUGGUGGAGCUCAGCGGAUCGGACAGCGACUCUGAAGGAAACGACGACUCAUCAGACUCGUCGGACGAUUCGGACUCAGAUGACGAGAGCAAGAUCACAGAGCAGAACUUGAAACUCCCUGGACACCAAAACAAGAAGAAGAAAGUCAACAUCCAAGUUCUGGGCCAGCAGGGGGAGUAGAUCAGUCAGCUGUGUAUCGGGUUUCUCUGCCUUCAUCCUCUGAGGAGACGAUGAAACCUCCUCUACCUCAGGAGUGAAGGGACAGUGGACAGUAAGCUCCUGUGUGGAGA